AUGUGGAAAAAAUUUAAAAUGAAAAAACGGCGUCACAACAGAAAUAGCAAUGCGGUACCACAUGAACGGCUGCGUGUGAGCUUUUGCACAGAUUUGGACAAAUCAGUUUUGGUGAAUAAUUUCGAGAAACGCGGUUGGACGCAAGUAAGCCCUGACGAUGAUUGGCAUUUCUAUUGGGCAGGCGUGCAGACAUGUCGGAAUAUUUUCAGCGUCGAUAGCGGCUAUCGCAUGCACGAUAAUCAAAUGAUUAAUCAUUUUCCUAAUCAUUAUGAGUUGUCGCGCAAGGAUUUAUUGGUGAAGAAUAUCAAACGCUAUCGCAAGGAUCUCGAACGUGAGGGCAACCCACUGGCGGAACGUUCAGAGCCAACUGCUGCGGGUGCACCGCGUUAUGUGUAUCUGGACUUUAUUCCCAUAACAUUUGUUUUGCCGGCUGAUUAUAACAUGUUUGUUGAGGAAUAUCGUAAGAAUCCGCAAAGCACUUGGAUUAUGAAACCGUGUGGCAAAUCGCAGGGUGCCGGCAUUUUUCUCAUAAAUAAAUUAUCCAAAUUAAAGCGUUGGUCGCGUGAAGCGAAAGGUCCAUUCCACCAGCAAUUGUCUAAGGAGAGUUAUGUGAUUUCGAAAUAUAUUGACAACCCGCUGCUCAUUGGUGGUAAAAAAUUCGACCUCCGACUCUAUGUGCUAGUCACCUCAUUUCGUCCACUGAAGGCAUAUCUCUUCAAGCAAGGUUUCUGUCGCUUCUGCACAGUCAAAUAUGAUACAAGCGUUACCGAACUGGACAAUAUGUAUGUGCACUUGACGAAUGUGAGCGUACAAAAACAUGGCGGUGAAUACAACAACUUGCAUGGCGGCAAAUGGUCGGUGCAAAAUUUGGCACUCUAUUUGGAGGGCACACGCGGCAAGGAGGUGACGGAUCGCCUUUUCGGCUCCAUCGCCUGGCUAAUUGUGCAUUCAUUGCGCGCUGUAGCGCCGGUAAUGGCCAGCGAUCGCCAUUGUUUCGAAUGUUAUGGCUACGAUAUAAUUAUAGACAACACUUUGAAGCCGUGGCUGGUGGAAGUGAACGCCUCACCUUCACUCACAUCUACAACAGUCACUGAUCGGAUAUUAAAAUACAAAUUAAUUGAUAAUAUAUUAUCUGUGGUGUUACCGCCGGACGGUGUACCUGAUGUGCGCUGGAAUAAAAUACCCAGUGCUGACGCUUUGGGCAAUUUCGAACUUCUGUUAGAUGAGGAAUUAGCAGCCCAGGAAGAACAAGCACAGAAUGCACAGACCACUACGAAAGGAAGGGGCGGCGGCGGCGGUAAUCGGUGGAAGUGAUCGUAGAAAUAUGUAUAGCUGCUAAUGAGCGUAUAUAAUCAAUUUUGGUGUUUUUAGUGAUGAUUACUUCUGGUAUGUUUGUGCAUACAUUUGUU